UAUGUGUUCCUGAUGCGGUCGGAGCGGGCAAGCCGUGUAUGUAUUGUGGUGCUGGAGGAGGUGGAAGAGGAUGAGUCCUCUUCUUCAACCCCACCUCCUCGCCCCAAAUCCUCUCCAGAUCACAGAUCCCAUCAUGCCUCUCACAAGGCUAGCGCUCAGGAAGACAAGCCGUCUCUGUUGAGAGCCAUCUUCAAUGUGGACCCUGAUGAAGUUCGCUCUCUCAUAUUCAAGAAAGAAGAUGUCAACAUGCAGGAUAAUGAGAAGCGGACCCCCCUGCAUGCAGCAGCCUACCUGGGAGAUGCUGAGAUCAUUGAGUUGCUCAUCCUCUCAGGAGCCAGAGUUAAUGCCAAAGAUAACAAGUGGUUGACUCCUCUUCACCGAGCUGUUGCCUCUUGUAGUGAGGAUGCAGUGUCGGUAUUGCUGAAGCAUAGUGCUGAUGUUAAUGCCCGAGACAAAAACUGGCAGACACCACUCCAUGUUGCUGCUAGCAACAAGGCUGUCCGCUGUGCCGAGGCUCUGGUCCCUUUGCUUAGCAACGUUAAUGUGUCUGACCGUGCCGGACGCACUGCCUUGCACCAUGCUGCCUUCAGUGGACAUGUAGAGAUGGUGAAGCUGCUUCUGUCCAGAGGAGCUAAUAUCAAUGCGUUUGAUAAGAAAGACAGGAGAGCCAUCCACUGGGCAGCUUACAUGGGUCAUCUGGAGGUGGUGAGGUUACUGGUGGCAAGUGGCGCAGAGUUCGACUGCAAGGACAAGAAGGCCUACACGCCACUCCAUGCAGCCGCCUCCAGUGGCAUGAGCAGUACCGUCCACUACCUACUGGGCUUGGGUGUCCAGAUCAAUGAUGUGAAUAGCUAUGGUAACUCCCCGCUCCACGUGGCCUGUUACAACGGACAAGAUGUGGUGGUCAAUGAGCUCAUUGAGGCAGGAGCUAAUAUCAACCAGGUGAAUGAGAGGGGGUUCUCCGCACUCCACUUUGCCUCUUCCUCCCGACAGGGAGCGCUGUGCCAGGAGUUGUUGCUGGCCAAAGGAGCUUACGUCAAUAUGAGAAGCAGGGAUGGUAAGACUCCCCUUCACAUGGCAGCUGCUCACGGCAGGUUCUCUCGCUCUCGGGCCCUUAUUGAAAAUGGAGCAGAGGUUGACUGUGAAGACAAGAGCAAAAACUCUGCCCUUCAUAUUGCUGCCCGCUAUGGCCAUGAGCUCAUUAUCACUGCACUCAUCAACCAGGGGGCCAACAUCGCCAAGAGAGGUCUUCAUGGAAUGUUUCCCCUCCACCUGGCAGCCCUCAGCGGCUUUUCAGACUGCUGCAGGAAGCUGCUGUCAUCAGACUUUGAUAUAGACACCCCGGACGACUUCGGAAGAACCUGUCUACAUGCUGCUGCAGCUGGAGGGAAUCUGGAGUGCCUGAACCUGCUGUUAAAUGCAGGAGCAGACUUCAACAGGAAAGACAAAUUUGGAAGGACUCCGCUGCACUAUGCAUCAGCCAAUUGUAACUUCCAUUGUGUGUUUGCCCUGGUGGGCUCCGGGGCCAGCGUCAACGAGCUGGACCAGAGAGGCUGCAGUCCCCUGCACUAUGCUGCUGCUGGAGACACUGAAGGAAAGUGUCUGGAGUACCUGUUGAGGAAUGAUGCUGAUCCCGGAGUUAGAGACAGACGGGGCUACAGCUCAGUGCACUAUGCAUCAGCCUACGGACACACACUCUGCCUGGAAAUGAUGGCCAGUGAGACACCUCUUGAUGUGCUGCUGGAGACGUCAGGAACAGACCUCCUGCGUGACUCAGAAAGUCAGGCGCCUGUCAGUCCACUUCAUCUGGCGGCCUACCACGGCCACUGUGGCGCAUUAGAAGUCCUCCUGUCCACCCUGCUAGAAGUGGAUAGGCGCAGCCCCGAUGGCCGGACCCCUUUAAGUCUGGCCUGCUCCAGGGGCCGCCAGGAGUGUGUCUCAUUGCUGCUCCACCAUGGCGCCUCACCCAUGGCCUGUGACUACAGUCAAAAAAGGACGGCCAUACACGCUGCAGCUAUGAAUGGCUAUCCAGAGUGCCUACGCCUGCUCAUCAGCAACAAUGACCAACGCGUUUCUGUGGAUAUACAAGACAUCAAUGGAGAGACCCCUCUGAUGCUGGCAGUACUGAACGGACACACAGAGUGUGUGUACACGCUGCUCAGUCAUGGAGCAAGCGUUGAGGCCCGGGAUUGCUGGGGCAGGACCGCACUACACCGCGGGGCAGUGACCGGCCAGGUGGAGUGUAUCGAAGCCCUCCUCCAGCGAGGGGCCAGUGUGUGUGUGAAGGACAUCCGAGGCCUCUCGCCCUUUCUCCUGGCUGCUGCCUGCGGACGUUUGGGUGCCCUGGGGGCCUUCCUGCAGGCCAUCAACAACUCCCACACCCCCACACACUUUACGGACAACCACGGCUACACACCACUGCACUGGGCAUGCUACAACGGUUAUGAUGCAUGUGCGGAAGCACUAUUGGAGCAUGAGCUUUUCCAGAAAAUUCAGGGCAACCCUUUUACCGCCCUGCACUGUGCUGUAAUUAAUGAUCAUGAGGGGGUGGCGGAGAUGUUAAUCGACUCUCUGGGCUCCGCCAUCAUCAACACCGCUGAUUCCAAGGGCAGAACUCCCCUUCACGCUGCAGCAUUCUCUGACCAUGUGGAGUGUGUGUCCCUGCUCCUGGGUCAUGGAGCUCAGGCCAACACAGCAGACACACACACUCGCAGCACACCGCUGAUGAUGGCCGCUCACAAUGGACAGACAAAUGCUGUUGAGGUGUUGGUGAGCAGUGCAAAAGCUGACCUCACGAGACAGGAUAACAACAGGAACACAGCCUUACAUCUAGCUUGCAGCAAGGGUCACGAGACAAGUGCCUUGCUGAUUUUGGAGAAGAUUAAUGACAAGAACUUCAUCAACUGCACCAACACUGCUCUGCAGACGCCCCUACAUGUAGCAGCCAGGAACGGUCUGACAGUGGUGGUUCAAGAACUGCUGGGGAAAGGAGCCAGUGUUCAAGCAGUGGAUGAGAAUGGUUACACCCCGGCGCUGGCCUGCGCCCCCAACCGGGAUGUGGCUGACUGCCUGGCUCUCAUCCUCAAUUCCAUGAUGCCCACCUCCCCUAUGGUCACCAUAGCAGCACUGCCCACCCUUUCUCUCAAUCAGACAGCCAUCAAUCACCGUUCCUCAUCCAAUCAUGUCUCCAAAGGUGUGGCUUUCAGCACCCCGCCUCCUCUGCGGCCUGACCAUGGCUCCUACUGUAGGCUGGACCGCCCACUGUCCUGUGUCUCUGCAGACGAUGAGCUCAACGACUCUGAUUCAGAGACAUACUGA